AUGAUCACGAAUGCAUCCUGCGACAUUCCACAUUCUGUCACUUCAAUUUAUCGGCUUUUCUUGGAAUUGACGGAUCCAUUUGGUGGCUGUGGAACGACAUUUUGUUCGUUGUUUCUUCUUGGAUUCCCAUUCAACUCGAUCACUCUCGUGAUGCCAUUCCUAAUUAUCGGUGUUGGGUCGGAUGACGUUUUCAUAAUUAUUCAUGCUAUGCGCAAAACGAAUAAGAAAAUGCCACUCGAAGAUCAAAUCGCCGAAACAAUGGAAGAAGCUGGACCAUCCAUAACAGUGACAUCACUCACUAAUAUACUCUCGUUUGCAAUCGGUAUUUUGACUCCUACACCUGCAAUUUCCAUUUUUUGCCUAUACACAAGCGUUGGACUCGCGGUCGACUUUGUCUAUCAGCUCACCUUCUUUGUGGCAGCGCUUGUAUAUGAGGAGAUGCGGAUUGCUGAACCAGAGAAACCUCCUAUUGCAGAUGUUGCCAAUUCGAAGAACCUGGUGACAACGAAAUUAUCGGUGCGAUCCACGUAUCCAGCUGACCCGAAUGGUAUAGUAGCUAAAUAUUGUAGAAUACUCAAAAUGAGAUUGACUCGCCUAUUGCUUCUGAUCGUCCUCAUGUUCUAUUGGAUCGCGUCAAUUUAUGGCUGUAUGAAAAUGGAAAUUCGCAUGGAUACCACAAAUCUCAUACUGAGGGAGAGUCCAUUGCAUAACGUCGCCUACAUUUAUGAAAAUUUUCUCUGGAAGGAAGGACAACUUGUUUUGGUUUUCGUGAACAAUCCUCCUGAUCUCUCAGUGGAAGACAAUCAACGGCGUAUGCUUGGUCUGGUUAGUGAAUUCGAAGGCUUGCGAUAUUCAAUGGGGAAGAAUUCGACGUCUUUCUGGCUACGCUCAUUUUUGUAUCAGUCGUCUCUCUAUCAUUCCAAAGACGGAUUCUAUGCACUGUUGGACACAUGGCUUCAGGACACAGAAAACGGUGGAUCGAGAUGGAAUGACAUGGUGCGGCUACAGCGUAACAUCACUGGAGCAGUCGUUGGAGUGAAUAAGUGA